CGGCUAAAUCUCGCUGUCACACCAGGAGAGGGAGAGGUCUGCAGGAUCAUUUGGCUGGACUGGAAUCUAAAAUGCAAGCUGUGCUUCUAUCCUUUGGCCUGUUUGUGUGCUUUUUCACCUCAGGAAAAAGUCAAAGCUGUGAAAAAAGCACACUUAAAAGACCAGAUAAUGUGGACUUAUCACGUCUUGACUCCAGCUAUGAUGAUGGCAAGGCAGUAAGGCUGCCUUGUGUGAUUGGCUAUACUGGAUUACACCGGGCUACUUGCCGAGGUGGUAAAUGGGAAUUGAGAAGAGGACUCUGUCAGAAAAAGCCAUGUGGUCACCCAGGAGAUACACCAAAUGGAGAUUUUAAUUUGGCCACAGGGGACGACUUUGUAUUCGGAUCUAUAGUUCAGUACACAUGCAAAACUGGCUACCGUAUGAUGAGCAGGAACAGUGAGCGGAGCUGUGUGAACAGUGGUUGGGACAAUGAUAUUCCUGUCUGUGAAGUGGUAAAAUGUCCAGUGAUACAAGUGGCUCCUAAUGUCAGGGCAUCAGGCAAUGUUGAAGACGGGAGCUAUGGAGAUGUCAUCCAUUUUGAGUGCCAGUCACAGGACAUGCAGUUAAAUGGAAAGGACGAAAUAUACUGUACUUCUGAAGGAAAAUGGAGUGAUCUUAUUCCAACAUGUAAAGAGAUACAAUGUGAAACACCUGCCAUGCCAAAUGGAAAAGUUACAAACGCCCAACCAGUGUACAAGUGGGAUGAUGUCCUCAGAUACACCUGUGAUGAAGGAUACCAAGCCCGUGUAGGACGAACCAAAUGCUCCAAAUUAGGUUGGAAUCCAAAACCAGAAUGUGAAGAGAACACAUGCAUGCUACCACACCAGGUUUCCACUGGAACAACAAGACUACCUGCAGGCAAAAAUAUUUUCAAACCUAAAGAUAUGGUUGAUAUCCAUUGUGAGGAAGGAUAUCGGACCUCUACAUUCAAAGAGAGAGAUUCUUUCCACUGUGGAUUAGAUGGAGAGUGGUCAGAUACACCUGAUUGUCAAGAAAUCUUUUGCUCUAGGCCUCGCAGCAGUGAUGUGAAUAUUCCGUAUUGGCCCCGGAUAUUCUCAUAUAAAUACAAGGAAACUUUACCGUAUAGUUGUAAUUCAAACUAUAAGCGACCUGCAGAAGAUGCUACGUGUCAACUUGAAGGCUGGAAGCCCAAACCUCGUUGCAUCAGAAAAGAAGAUUGUUUCCAACCUGUCAUUAAAAAUGGGUUCAUAAAACCUAACAAGGAUUACAUGCCUUACAAGGAUACCGUGGUGUUUUCAUGCAAGAGGGGUUUCAAAUUAAAUAAUGAGGGAUGGUGGCAGAAAAGCAUCUGCACUAAAGGCUCAUGGUCUUCCACACCUAAGUGUAUUGCUGAAAAUCAAUGUGCUGCCCCACGUGCUGCUGAUAAUGUCAUUUAUCCGCAUGUGAAGGAAAACUAUUCAGAUGGACAGUUUCAAGAGUUUAAAUGUGAACCUGGUUACACAUCAGAUUCUGGAAGAAUUAAGUGUGACAACGGACAAUGGGAGAAACCAGAUUGCAAACGAGAAAGUGGUUUGUGUAAUGCUCCACCAGAUGUUGAAAAAGGAAUCAUUGUCCCUUCAUACGAAAAGAUCUACAGGAAUGAGGCUAAAGUAACAUAUGCAUGUCAUCAGUCUCAUAAAAUGAAUGGCGAAGAUACGAUUACCUGCAAUUCAGGAAGGUGGACUGAUCCCCCGACAUGCAUUGAAAUACAAUGUGAAAAACCUGACAUACCACAAGGACAAGUUACAAACACCAAAUCAGUGUACAAGUGGGACGAUGACCUCAGAUACACCUGUGAUGAAGGAUACAAAGCCCGUGAAGGACGAACCAAAUGCUCCAAAUUAGGUUGGACUCCAAAACCAGAAUGUAAAGAGAACACAUGCAUGCUACCACACCAGGUUUCCACUGGAACAACAAGAUUACCUGCAGGCAAAAAUAUUUUCAAACCUAAAGAAAGGGUUGAUAUUGAUUGUGAUGAAGGAUAUCGGACCUCUACAUUCAAAGAGAGAGAUUCUUUCCACUGUGGAUUAGAUGGAGAGUGGUCCUAUACACCUGAUUGUCAAGAAAUCUUUUGCUCUAGGCCUCUAAGCAGUGAUGUGAAUAUUCCGUCUUGGGCCCAGAGAGCCUCAUAUAAAUACAAGGAAACCUUACGGUAUAGUUGUUAUUCGAACUACAAGAGACCUGCAGAAGAUGUUACGUGUCAAGUUGAAGGCUGGAAGCCCAAAACUCUUUGCAUCAGAAAAGAAGAUUGUUUCCAACCUGUCAUUAAAAAUGGGUUCAUAAAACCUAACAAGGAUUACGUGCCUAACAAGGAUACCGUGGUGUUUUCAUGCAAGAGUGGUUUCAAAUUGAAUCCUGAGGGAUUGGAGCAGGAAAGCACCUGUUUUAAAGGCUCAUGGUCUUCCACACCUAAGUGUAUUGCUGAAGAUCAAUGUACUGCCCCACGUGCUGCUGAUAAUGUCAUGUAUCCACAUCUGGAGGAAACCUAUUCAGAUGGACAGUUUCAAGAGUUUCAAUGUGAACCUGGUUACACAUCAGAUUCUGGAAGAAUUAAGUGUGACAAUGGACAAUGGGAGAAACCAGAUUGCAAACGAGAAAAUGGUACGUGUAAUGCUCCACCAGAUGUUGAAAAUGGAAUCAUUUUCUCUUCAAAAGAAAAGAUCUAUAGAAAUAAUGCUACAGUGACGUAUACAUGUCAUCAAUUUUAUAAAAUUGAUGUCAAAGAUUCGAUUACCUGCAAUUCAGGAAAUUGGACUGAUCCCCCGACAUGCAUUGAGCGUGACAUGUGUGAUAAGCCUGAGGGGGGAAAUAUGGUAUUACAUCCUGAUAUUGAAGAGUACAUAAAUGGAUCCAUUGUGAGGUACACAUGCAAGGACCCAUUCACUGGAAAACCAGGAGAGGAAAUAACAUGUGUGAAUGGCAGGUGGACUGAUAAAGUAAGCUGCACAUUACCUCCAGGUUUUUGUGGUCCACCACCUGAGGUAGAAUUCUCAGAUGUAGAUGGUACCUCAAAGCAAUACUACAAACACGAUGAUAUGGUGAAGUUCCAGUGCCAGGAUGGCUACAUUCUGGUGGGUGAAAGUGGUAAGAAGACAUGUCGUAAUGGAAAAUGGCAUUGUCUUCCAUUCAGCUGUGAACCAAGAGCUGGAUGAGAAGAACAUCGCAUUUGCAGAAUCUAAAGAUGUUCAAUGUUAUGUCAAACUGUCUGCAGAGCAGGGAAGAAGAAAAAUAAUAAUUUUAACAUGGUACAGAACUGUGUUGACGAUAACAUGAAUUUCCCUUGAAUGUCUCUGUUUAAGGAAUAUAAUAAUGGUGCGUAACUGUAAAACCUACAGACAGGGAUAGAAUAACAAACACAUUCUGUAUUAAUUCUAGAUUAUAUUGAUGUAACGGAUUCUAUCCUAUGCUUUGUUAUAAAGAGUCUUAAAUCAUC